AUGAACAAGUGCCAUAUACACAUUAAACAAAAUUCUAAACCAUCAAUUCACUUUAAAAAAAUAGUUCUCACUUAUCAUUGGAGCUUAGCAAUAAAUAAACUAUAAAAAAUUUUCGCUUUAAGAUGCAAAUAGCCAUUAGAAAAAAUAAAAAAUCAAGUUCUAUAAAUUAAAUAAUCAAGAUCGGAGUAAAAUAGUUAGAUUUUUAAAAACAAAUAAUCAAAUAAGCAUGUUCGAUAUUUAUCUUAAUAAACCCAACAAGUUGAAACUUAUUCUCAAUUAGAUUUUGAUUUGAUUUCAGAAAGAAGCGAUGAUCCAGAAUAAUCCUAAAGAAAUAACCAUACUUAAAAUAAAUCUCAAAACUUGGACAUUGCAAAAAUAGAGAAUCAGUAGAGUGAACUAAAAUAAUCAGCUUAUUUUAAUUCGUAGAAUAGUUUAGAUCAGUUAAAAUUCAAUGAAGAAUUUUUAGACUUAUUUAAUAAGCAGAAGGGGCUGAGUUAAUUUGGAUAGCUGUGUAUUAUAUGUAUUUUAUUUUCAUCAAAGGUCAAAAUAAAGUCAAAGAAUAAGAGAUGUUAAUUUAGAAGAUAAUUGAAAGCAGGUCAAGCAAACCCCAUCCAGAUUUACAUAUAUUUCUUUCUUUAAUGA